UUCAAAAUUCCUGCGCCAAAACCAAAUUGAUUAACCAAGCGUAAGUGAAAGAAGUGAAAAGGCAAGUCCGAACGAUAUGGAUUCGAAGCGAACUCCGAUUAGGGUUAUUGGGCAGCGGUCUCUUGCUUCUUCGUUCCUCUUUUGCUCUCCUAAUCUUGUUGCAGAAUCUAAAGAAGAUGUGAACGGUGAGAAGAUUUUGAAGCCAGAUUCCAGUCUAUCCCUCUCUGAUUUCCUGGACAGAAAGCUUCACGGAAAUUCUGCGCUACCCAAAGUAGUUAAGGGAAAGCCGAAGCCUUUUUCAUCCCCAGUGGUAUGCAGGGAUGAUGGUGAAUCCAGCGAUCGACAGAUAGGGGUCAAGAAAGAACUGGAAGGAGAUAAGAAAUGUCUUAUAGAUAAAUUAGUCUUUGAGCAGUUCAAGCAUGCUGGUGCAGAAAAAGGAGAUGAUUGUGAUGGGGACAAUGCGCAGGAGUCGAGAAAGAGAAGCAAUCCCUUCGAAGGUGAAGAUGAUAAACAAAGUAUUCUGAAGGAUGUGAUAAUUCUGGGAGAUGAUCGACAACUCAGGCAAAAAGGAGAGAGACGGAGAGUGACCAGCAGCAAGAAACAAAUACCUUUAGAUAAUCAAUCAUGCAAGAGAAGAACUCUCUAUAAUCACUAUGCAAAUGGAGCUGGCUUUUGGGACUGCGGCAUGGAAGGUGUUGACAGUGAAGAAGUUGGCUUCAACGAAAUAUGGGAAGGAGUGGGCUCUACUACACUGGGAGCUCUAGAGUGGCAUUGAUUUUGACUAUGGAACGUGCAUCCAUUUGCUUUACGGUUAGAUUAAGUUUGUGGCUGUAAUUUGCCUGACACAAAUCAUGCAGUGUAUUAAAUUUAACUUGAAUUUCUAUCUGAAGUGAUUAUGAAAAUUAAUCUCUUCUUGA